GCGGCUCGGUCACCGUAGCGGCUUCCAAAGCCUUGUUAGUUGAGUCCCGUUAGCGCUUCAGAUGUGACUGGAUUGGACUGCCGUGCAGCUGUUGAGCCGAACAUGGAGAGAAGCCGGGAGAAGUUGGACUGGAUUGUGUCGUUUCCCAUCCAAAAGAAAUCUGAUUGAGCUCAGUGUGACCACGCACAUCACUGACUGCUAUGAGACACCAUGAUCUGUCUGGAGGAGGAUAAUUGUGCACCCCCAGUUGAUAGCAUGGACACCAAAAAGCACUCUGCUGAAAGGUGACCUCGAGACCCUUCACCUCCCCUCAACAUUUGAUAAUGCCAGAACACAACAAUGAGCUCCAACAGCACCGACCCUGGUCUCCUUUGGACUGACAACCCCUCGCCGCCGGUGGCCGGAGUCUAUCCCCAAUCCAAUGCUCUUCAUCGAGGAGAAAUUGAAGGAGCCCCGUGGUUGGGUUUAUAUCCAGAUGCUGCUGCUGAUAACUCCUCUUUCACCAACACGACACAAAUUGGCAAUGUAACGACAGUCCUUGACCCCCUGGGUGGUCACCCUGUGUGGCAAGUCGUCCUCAUUGUUUUGCUGACAGGCACACUGUCUCUGGUCACCAUCAUUGGAAAUAUGCUGGUAGUGGUGUCCUUCAAGGUUAAUCGCCAGUUAAAGACAGUCAAUAACUACUUCCUUUUGAGCUUAGCUGUGGCUGACCUCAUUAUAGGAGUGAUUUCUAUGAACCUCUAUACACUAUAUCUCAUAAUGGGCUACUGGGCCAUGGGCACCUGGGCCUGUGACCUCUGGUUGGCUAUUGACUAUGUUGCAAGCAACGCAUCAGUUAUGAACCUUCUAGUGAUCAGCUUUGAUCGCUACUUUUCAAUAACCAGGCCUUUGACCUACAGGGCCAAACGAACCACAAAGMGAGCUGGAAUCAUGAUCGGAUUAGCCUGGCUUGUUUCUCUUGUUCUGUGGGCCCCAGCCAUCCUGUUGUGGCAGUAUUUUGUAGGUAAAAGGACAGUGCCCCAAAACGAAUGCUACAUUCAGUUCCUCACAGAGCCAAUUACAACCUUCUGCACAGCUAUGGCGGCUUUCUACCUACCUGUGACGAUUAUGAGUAUUCUCUACUGGCGCAUUUACAAGGAGACCCAAAAUCGUACAAAAGAGUUAGCUGAGUUGCAGGGGUCUGAAGGCCGUGGAGGGAAAGGGAAAACAGGUGGGAAGAUGAGGAGCGAAAGAGCGCGUUUUGUGCAUCAAACAGGAAGUUCCAGAAGUUGCGGUAGCUUUCAGCUGACCAGGUCAUCAACAAAAAGGAGUACAUGUCAGGCCCUUGUUGGACGAUUCCACUGCUGGCCUGGGGUUCGUUCUUGGAGACCUGGUAGUAUCCGUCAGGGCGAUGGUGAUCCUGACCAAAGCAGCAGUGACAGCUGGAACAACAACGAUGCUGCAGUCUCUUUGGAUCACUCUGGGUCCUCAGAGGAUGAGGACUGUGGUGGAAAAGAGAUGAUUACCCAAAGUCAUGCCAUCUUUUCUAUUGUCCUAAGUCUCCCCGGCAUUAGAGCUGCUGUCAACUCUCAACUUACUUCAUGUGAGGACCUAGAUGCAGCGUCAGAAGAAGAUCCACUGAAGGGAGCAGAGUACAACCGGGACAGCUUGUCAACAGUCACCACUACUGCCACCACUCCCAUUACACCUGAGGGCACAAACAAUACAGAAAACAGCUACAACCAGCGCUACUGCUCACGCAAGACACAAUCAAUGUCUACCAUUCAGGCUAAGUCUAACCAAGAGCUCCUUGAUGGUACACCAACAGCCACUACCAUUGACACGGCUGCYGCUAGCACAGCCUCCAAGCCCUCCUCUCUCCCAAUGUCUUUUAAAGAAGCAGCUAUGGCAAAGCGCUUUGCAGCUCGAACCCGAACUCAGAUCACCAAGCGAAAACGUAUGUCUCUGGUGAAGGAGAAGAAGGCAGCUCAAACUCUCAGUGCCAUCCUCUUAGCUUUCCUCAUUACGUGGACACCUUAUAACAUCAUGGUGCUGAUCAAUGCCUUCUGCAAGUCUUCUUGCAUCCCAGAGACCCUGUGGGCUGUGGGGUACUGGCUAUGCUAUGUCAACAGCACAGUCAACCCCAUGUGCUACGCACUGUGCAACAAAACGUUUCGUACAACCUUUAAGAUGAUACUGUUGUGCCGCUGGGAUCAAAAGAAAAGGAGAAAGCAGCAGUUCCAGCAGAGGCAGUCAGUGGUCUUUCACAGGGGGAUUCCCAGAGAGUCUACAUAAACGACUGAAUGUUCAGAUGGAUUACAGAACUAAAAAAAAAUUUAACACACAAGUUGAAUAAAAGAGUCUCCAUGUUGUCGUUUCUGUGGAGUUCAUUUGCUUAGGGAUUCUUAAGUCCUUAUCUGCUGUUAUGUUCAAUUACGGCAACAGUAUGUGCUGGUCUUGCAGUGUGUGUUAAUGUCGGUGCAUCCAUUUACUGUGGAAACAGGACAUGUACACGUGUGCGGAGGCUUGUCAAGCGUGAAGUACAGAGAUGAAAGCUUUUGCUUUCUCCUUGGAGAACUCUUUACCACUUCACACAAGUGCGGCUAAGAGAAAACUAGUGGAAAAUAACUGUAAAGGGCUUUUAAAAUGCAUUGCAGGAGAUAUACAGUACUGAAGUGCAAUUGACACAAAUUUUAAGCAUGUCUGUGUCACGGGUUGGGGAUUCAUUGUUAUUUUUCUCGGUGGGUAGCUAGAUUUGUAUCGUGUAUUCCUUUUUUUUCUUUCAAACAAUACUGUGUUUUUGUAAUUAGUUCCUUUGACCCAAGGUAAAAGAAAAAAAUGAAGACGUAAAGUGAAGAUGUGUUUUAUCUGAACUUCCAUGGGUUACCUUUCUAUGUGGAUCCUGUGCAUUAUGGACUAUACAAAYUGAGUUCUAGUUUUAAGUCAACAGAGACCUGAUAUUUUUGUGAUAUUMAUCUUUGAUUUUAUAGGUACUUCAGGACUUUUGAGCCAAUUUUGGAAAAAGAUGUUUGUUUGAUAAAGUGAGUUGUGAAUAGUCUGUGUGUGACACACAGUCAGUGAACUGCUGUUGUGUUUAAUGUGGUUGUUGUGGUUUUUAUGGUGGACACAWUAAGUACAUUGGUUGUGUUUUCUGUGCUUGCAGUUUCCUGUCAAAAACAAUGAUUAUUCAAUGAUGAUAUCCUGUUUGUGUACCUUUGGAUAUUUCUGAAUCAAUGCACCAAGAUUGCUUGCACACAUAAAAUGUUCAUUUUUAAAGACAUUUGUUUUGAUUUUAUCUAGACUUUCAAAUUUCUACAAAAUUAUUCAAGAAAAGUUUUUGUAGAAUGGCAACUAACUUUAAUACAGAAGAGCAAUUGCAGCCUCUAGUGGCAAAGAAAAAGAUCUGUUGCCUGAAGUGUAAUUUUAACAUCUACAGUGAAACUUCUGAAUAAAGUACAAAAACAUUCUUUCCUAACCUAAAAUAUGUAUACAUGUUCACAUUGUUUGUUUAAAAAAGUCCCAUAAAUGUUUAUUUCAUAAAACAACAGUCACAUUCUAAGAUAUUGAAUAUGUGAUUUUACUACUUUUUGGUUGGUUUCUCAAUGAAAUAUGUAUUUUUAAAUCAUUGUAACAUAUAAUGUGUACAUACAGUUGACACCUGUUUUGGAAUACAGCGUCAUAUUGUGUUUGUUUGGUUUUUAUUACAAAAAAAUUKCAUACACACAAAGUUAAUUUAAAUUUGUUGAAUUAAUUUAAAUGUGAUUUCUAAAGCACAUUGUGUUUUCUUGUUUUUGCAGUAUAGCUACACUCAGAUGUGUCAGUAUUAUUUUGUGCAAAACAUCUUAAGGUGAAAAGGAAGUUUUUAACAUCCUAAAGCAAAACAAAGAUUUGACAGAAGUAAACGAGGUGGUCAAAAGAUUUGACACAAGUUUGAACUUUGUGAAAUUGGGGGUGAGGAUCUGCUUCCAGUAGGGAGUUCAGAAAAUAUUCAGAUUCCUUUUAUUUAUUAGUUUGUUUUUGUUUUUUUGUUUUUUGCAAUUUUCAUAUGUUGCAUCUUGAUGCAAUAAUCACUGCAUUUCUCAUAAUUAUUAAGUGAAAACAGAUCAAAAUAAUUGAGUAAAUUUGUUAAAUAUGAAAAACUGAAGUAUCAAAUUUUCAUAGCAAGUUUCAGACCUUUUGCAAAAUACACRUUUAUUUAGUUUAUCGUGUUUAGUUUUAGUUAUGUCUCCUAUUAUUUUUAUUACAGGUGAGAUACUUUUACACUUUGAUUGGAGACCAUGCAUUAAAUUAAGUAGACAUGAUUUGAAUGAGCACACAGACACAAACACAAACUGAGAGCAACACCCAAGCAGGAGGCAGUUUUMAAUUUAUUUGAGGUGCAGAGUGUACAUUGUUUGUGGAAAUUAUUAAGUUUGCAUCAGGCUGCUACAUAACAACUAAAUGAUUUGAAUAUUUUCUGAAUUCAUUGUAUUUUAUAGUUUAAACACAGUGUGUUCCAGUAUCAAUACACAACCAAAAUGAUUA